AUGGAGCAUGGGAACCGGUCCAUGGUGAAGGAGUUUGUGCUGCUGGGUCUCUCCCAGGCACGAGAGGUCCAGCUCUUCCUCUUCUCCCUCUUCCUUCUCUUCUACUCUCUGAUCUUGCCGGGAAACAUCCUCAUCAUUGUGACCAUCCGGAGUGACCCUCGAUUGGGUUCCCCCAUGUACUUCUUCUUGGCCAACCUGGCCUUCCUGGAUAUCUGCUACUGCUCCGUCACCCCUCCCAAGAUGCUUGCUGAUUUCUUCUACAACAGCAACACCAUCUCCUACAGGGGCUGCAUGGCCCAGCUUUUCUUCCUCCACUGGCUUGGGGGAUCUGAGGUCUUCCUCCUCCUUGGCAUGGCCAUUGACCGAUAUGUGGCUAUUUGCCACCCCUUGCAUUAUGCCAGUGUGGUGAGCAGACCAAUCUGCAGCACCAUGAUGGUGCUAUUCUGGUGCCUGGGAUUUGUGCACUCCAUCAUCCAGGUCAUCCUUAUUGUCCCGCUCCCAUUCUGUGGUCCCAACAAGCUGGACAAUUUCUUCUGUGACAUCACCCAGAUUGUGAAAUUGGCUUGCACAGACACCUACGACUUGGAAUUCUUCAUGUUCAUCAACAGCGGCCUGUCUGCCCUCAUCAGCUUCACCCUCCUCAUCAUCUCCUACAUGAUCCUGUUGGUCAAGGUGAGGAUGGGCUCCAAGGAAGGGAAGAGCAAAGCCGCCUCCACCUGUGUCACCCACAUCAUCAUUGUUGUGGUCAUGUUUGGCCCCGCCAUCUUCAUGUACUGCCGCCCGUUCCAGGACUCCCCUGUUGACAAACUGGUAGCCAUUUUCCACAGCACAGUCUUCCCAUUGUUGAACCCUAUGAUCUACACCCUGAGGAACAAGGAGAUCAAACAUGCCAUGAGGAAGCUGCUGAGCAAACAUAGGCUUUUGGAUUGGACUGGACUGGUAUAA